AAUCCAUUGGGAUCGAGGCACUACUGUCACUGCUGCCACCGCUGUCACAGCUGCCCCUUCCAAGCUGGCACCAUGGGCUCUGCUUCCUUCUUGACUAGGGUCCGGCGUCUGCUCCGAAUUCGGAACCAGCUGAUACGGGAAUGCCUGGCUGAGCUGCUCUGCACCUUUGUCCUCAUUACAAUCACCCUGGGCGGCGCCGCACAGAGGGUCACCAGCGAAGAGACAAAGGGGGACAUCCUCACCAGCUACUUGGCAGGUGCCCUGGCUGUCAUGGUGGGCAUCUACAUAGGAGGGGGAAUCUCAGGGGCCCACAUGAACCCGGCGUUCACCCUCGCCAUGUGCCUGACGAAGCAGUUCCCCUGGUGGAAGUUUCCCGUCUUCGUGCUCGUGGAGGCCUUGGCAUCUUUCCUAUCUGCCGGAGCUGUCUACGUCCUCUACUAUGAUGCCAUCUGGCACUACAGCAAUGGCACCCUUACCGUGUCCGGCCCCCGGGAAACUGCCUCCAUCUUUGCCACCUACCCAGCUGACUACGUGUCUGUCGCCAACGGCUUCGUGGACCAGGUGAUUGGCACGGGGGUGCUGCUAACAGGCGUCAUGGGUGUCAUGGACAACCGCAACAAGGGUGUCCCCAAGGGCCUAGAACCAGUGGUCAUAGCUAUGCUGGUGCUCUCCAUCGAAGUCGCCAUGGGCGCCAACUGCGGCUGCCCCCUGAACCCCACACGUGACAUCGGGCCCCGGCUCUUCACCUACCUGGCAGGCUGGGGCCCGGAGGUCUUCAGCAGGGGCAAUGGGUGGUGGUGGGUGCCCCUGGUGGCACCGCUGCUAGGGUCCGCCGUGGGCACAUACCUGUACCAGCUCUUCGUGGCUUUCCAUUACCCGGAGGAGGACGGCGAUGCCCUGGAAGAGCAGGGCUCCAUCGUCCUGGAGAACAAAAACAUUGACCUAGACGCUGGGGUGUCAUCCAAGGAGGACACUGGGGGAACAGUGCCUACCGGGUACCCCCCACCACCCCACAGCAGCAGCACGGUCCCCACUACCAUCCCCCUCACACUAUUAAACGAGUCCUGAGGUCA